AUAGUCAAAGCUAAACGCCAGUGAAAGCUCAUUGAUUCACUGAUUGUCUUCAUGAUGACUAUCAUCUCUCUGCUCCUGCUGGCCUCUCUGCUGCCACACCUGACCUUCACUGCUCGUGUGAAUGUGGGUAUAGUGAACGGCAGGGAAGCAAAACCCCACUCCAGACCUUACAUGGUGUCUGUUCAAACAAAGGAGCAUCAUAUGUGCGGUGGAUUCCUCAUCUCUGAUAGAUUUGUCAUGACUGCUGCACAUUGCCGAAACAAUUCUCCAGUUCUGACGGUUGUGCUAGGUGCACAUGACCUACGAAAAAAGAGCGAGAAUUCAGUCCGAUUCACAGUGGAUUCAUACCAUCAGCAUCCAGACUUCACCAUGGAAUCCUUUCAUAAUGACAUCUUGCUUUUGAAGUUAGAAAAAAAAGUACAACUGAAUGACAAUAUCAAGUGGAUAUCCAUACCAGCGAAAGAAGGCGAUAUCGAAGCAGGUUCUGUUUGCAGUAUCGCAGGCUGGGGACUUUUAGAAACUAAUGGCAAGAGAAGCGAUCACCUCAUGGAGACAAAUGUGACAGUCAUGAAUAAUAUGGAAUGUGAAAGUAAAUGGGGGAAGGACGACUUUUCAACUUCACAGAUGAUGUGUGUAUAUGGCAAUGGUGGAAGCUGUGAUGGGGAUUCAGGAGGUCCUUUGGUUUGUGGAGACACUGCAGUUGGUGUCACUUCCUUUGGUGACCCUGAUCUCUGUAAUUCACUAAAGCUACCUGAAGUUUACAUUAAGAUUGCAGCAUAUAUUCCAUGGAUAAAGAAGAUAACUGGAAAUGUCAAUUGAAUCUUGCAAAUAAAAUGG